ACUGCCCACCUCGUCCUGUGUAAUUAGGCAUUCAUUUAGCACUCUGUCAUUUAGCUCCUCCGUUGGCAGCAGGAGUGGGUUGUGCAAACACUUGCUCUGUGAGGAGUAAUAAAUCCCUUACAUUUUAACUAAACCUUGUGGCACAUGAGGGGAAAGUGGAGUUUGAUCCUUUGGUGAGUGGAGGAAGCGUCGCAACAAGCGUGAGAUUCCUGGGAUCGUCCCCGGAUAAUGUGUGACGCGCUGGAUUGUUUGGGCAAAACAACUCGGCACCGGACUGUCCGGCUGGAAUGAUAGUGUGACCACGUGAAAGAUGACUUUUGACCCCACAGCAGGGCACCAAGGGACCAGCAUGAGUCCAUCUCCAUCUCCCGGCACCGGAACUACUCUGGUCACUGUGGACAUAGUGGUCCUGGUGGCCUACUUUCUGCUCGUGCUGGCUGUGGGCUUCUGGUCCAUGUGGAGGACGAAGCGCAGCACGGUGGAUGGAUACUUCCUGGCCGGGAAGAGCAUGACCUGGUGGCCGGUCGGCGCCUCCCUGUUUGCCAGCAACAUUGGCAGUGGACAUUUUAUCGGCCUGGCGGGAUCAGGAGCUGCCGCAGGAAUUGGAGCGAUUGCUUAUGAAUGGAAUGGUAUGGUGAUGGUGCUGCUGCUGGGAUGGCUCUUCCUGCCCAUCUACAUUGCCUCUGGGGUAACAACAAUGCCAGAAUACUUGCAGAGGCGUUUCGGUGGGAGAAGAACACAGUUGUUUAUAGCCGUCCUGUCCUUGUUUAUUUACAUUUUCACAAAGAUAUCGGUGGACAUGUAUGCUGGUGCAUUGUUCAUACAGCUUGCUUUACAAUGGGAUAUCUACCUGGCUAUAGUGCUGCUGCUGUCGGUCACUGCUCUCUACACUGUAGCAGGUGGUCUGGCUGCAGUCAUCUACACAGACGCUGCUCAAACGGCGAUCAUGCUGGUCGGAGCCCUCACCCUCAUGGGCUUCAGCUUUGUGGAGGUCGGAGGAUGGAACGCUCUGAUGGACGGAUACGCCCACGCUAUCCCCUCAAUCCGUGUGCCAAACUCGACCUGUGGCCUCCCGCGUGACGACGCGUUCCACAUAUUUAGAGACCCCGUGAACUCCGACCUGCCUUGGCCUGGGGUCAUCAUCGGCAUGUCCAUCCCCUCCAUGUGGUACUGGUGUUCUGAUCAGGUGAUUGUGCAGCGCUCCCUGGCUGCGAAGACCCUGACACAUGCAAAAGGAGGCUCACUGCUGGCUGCUUAUCUAAAGAUUGUGCCUUUCUUUGCUGUUAUGCUGCCCGGUAUGAUCAGCAGGAUACUUUACACAGACGAUGUGGCGUGUGCAGACCCUGAACUGUGCAAACAGAUUUGUGGCAACCCGGUAGGUUGCUCAGAUACCGCCUACGCCAGGCUGGUCAUGGAACUGCUGCCUGCAGGAUUGAGGGGUCUGAUGAUGGCGGUGAUGAUUGCUGCCCUCAUGUCCUCUCUCACAUCCAUCUUCAACAGCGCCAGCACCAUUUUCACCAUGGACCUAUGGAAGACUUUCAGAUCUCGUGCCUCGGAGUGGGAGCUUAUGCUUGUGGGCAGGGUGUUUGUGCUCGUGCUGGUGGUGGUGUCCGUGCUGUGGAUUCCUGUCGUUCAGGCCAGUCAGGGGGGGCAGCUCUUCAUCUACAUCCAGUCCAUCAGCACCUACCUCCAGCCCCCAGUCUCCAUCAUCUUCCUCAUGGGCUGCUUCUGGAAGAGGACUAAUGAGAAGGGUGCAUUUUGGGGGCUGGCUAUCGGCCUGUUGGUGGGCUGCAUCCGCAUGUUGCUGGACUUCAUUUACCCUGCGCCCCUGUGCUACGAAGAGGACGACAGGCCUGCUGUGUUGAAAUAUGUCCACUACCUUUACUUCUCCGUCUUGCUGUCUUUCAUCACCCUGGCUGUGCUGGUUGUCGUCAGCCUGGCCACAGAGGAGCCCAAGCCUGAGCAGAUCAGUCGUCUUACCUGGUACACAAGGUUUGAUCCAGUGGAGCCCAAAGAGCAUGUAUUCACUGUGGAGCUGAGCAGUGAGACCAUAGAAGUGAUCGCUAGUCAGACGGAUGAAAUGGGAGUUACAGGAAAAGAGCAGCAAGGGAGCAGCAAUGGAGAACCAUGUCAUCACAGGAAAGACUCUUCAUCCUCCAUGUCCAGCCUCCAAAGCCAGUCCAGGCUAAUAUCAGCCAUCUACUGGCUGUGCGGGAUGGAGAGACGGAAGGAGGGAGAGAAUAAUCCUGCGGCGGCAGCGGCUCCUGCACCUGGACAGGCUAAUGCUUCUCUGGAGGAAAAACCACGUCUACGAGUCAUUGUCAACGUCAACCUCAUCAUUUGCCUCUCUGUAACUGCCUUUAUCAUUGGCUACUGGGGCUGACAGGAAGGUAACGGCACUCUUUGAUGGACACAUGGUGCGUGUGGUUUGGGUAAAAUGUUGUGUACAGAUUUUAUUGUUUUGUUUUCACUGAGGAGCAGACGAAAUGUUACUUUUUUAUUCUUUAACUUUAACAGUGAAAUGAGAACAUCGAAACAGUGACACCACUUCAUUCAACGAAACGGUGGCUUGGAAUGUGUUAAUGUGCAAAAUGAAUAUGAACAAUUUCAACUCAGUUGUUGUCCAUCUUUCACCACAUUAAUCUGUGACAUUGUCUUUUGUAAUCUUGCUGACGUACAUGAUGAAAUAAUGUCAAAGAGGUUUUAGAUUAUAUACCCCAGUUACACUCUGUUAUGACUUUAUAGCUAAAAAUCAAAGAUGAAUAAUGUCAUAAAGACUUGAUUAAAGGGGAAAUAGGCAA